AGUUUUUAAAUAAAUCAAACUUAAUGUCUUUUAUGAAUUAUUUUUGCGAAUAACAAGGAAAACUUCAUCAGUUUUCAAUUUACUAGUAUUUGACGUGUACUUAGACAACAAAAGUGUGUUAAUUAAAAUAAAUUAAAAUGACUUUGGAAGUAUUAAAAGAUCCAGCACUCAUUUCCGCUAGCAGCAUUUUUUAUUUUUUAUUGCUGCCCACCAUUACACUGUGGUUCAUUUAUUGGCGUUUAUCUAGAAGCCAUUUAUAUGGGCUAGCCGCAAAGCUUCCUGGUCCGAAAGGAUUACCAAUUGUCGGACAUUUAUUCGAUUACGUGGGGCCCGCAUCGUCUGUUUUCAAAACUGUCAUACGGAAAACUGCAGAAUUUGAACAUGUCGCUAAAAUGUGGAUUGGACCCAAACUGGUGGUAUUUAUUUAUGAUCCCAGAGAUGUCGAAGUUCUGCUCAGCAGUCAAGUAUAUAUCGACAAAGCAUCGGAAUACAAAUUUUUUAAACCCUGGUUGGGUGAUGGUUUACUAAUCAGUACAGGCUCGAAAUGGCGUUCCCAUCGCAAAUUGAUUGCACCCACAUUCCAUCUGAAUGUCUUGAAGAGUUUCAUUGAUUUAUUUAAUGAGAACUCACGCAAUGUUGUGCGUAAACUGCAAGCCGAGGGUGGCAAAACGUUUGACUGUCAUGAUUACAUGAGCGAAGCAACUGUGGAGAUUCUCCUCGAAACCGCUAUGGGUGUAUCAAAGAAGACU